GAACCUGUGAAAUCCCCGUCCAGGUUCCAAGAUGAACCUAUGGAGACCAUCUUUUCUGGUGUUCUUUGCAGUGACCUCUGAGGGACUGCUCACAGAGCCCCAGGAGGGCAGUGUUGCUGGAGGAACGUGGAUUACUGUCACUCUGGAUGACUCAGCAUCCCAUGAGCUAGAACAUCUCUCUCCAGCCAGCUGGCCCCACCUGGAGGUGUCCCUGGUGAAUGCAGACCUGCCCACGUUGCCGUGUGAUGUCUCUCCUGUGUAUUUUGACUUAUCCAUCAUAAGAUGUAGAACAAGGUCUUCACCCCAGGAGGGUUUGUACUAUGUGGAGGUGAGCUUUAAAGGAUGCGUGAUUAACAACCUGACUGGGGUGGAGAAAGAAAACUAUGCUUUCAAGUUUUCUGCUCUGCAGACUCCUGUGGUUUACCAAAUUAGCCCGCCAUCUGGCAUCCCAGGAAAUUUAAUAGAGAUCUAUGGGAAGACAAUUGCUGGGAGAUAUGAGACCCUGGACUUCAAUGUGGAUUAUAUUGAUGGCUAUUCCAUUCACACAAAAGAAGGACUGGGAACCAUGCAGUGUCGGGUGGAAGGGAACCACAUAGGGUCCCACAAUGUCAGCUUCUCAGUGUUUAACAAAGGAAAGUCAGUGAUAGACAAAGAUGCUUGGCUCAUCAGUGCCAAGCAGGAGCUUUUCUUGUACCAAACGCAUUCAGAAAUAGCCUCUGUGUUCCCAGCGACUGGAAGUCUUGCAGGAGGAACUGACCUCACCAUUACAGGGGAUUUUUUUGAGGAGCCCGUGCAGGUCACUGCUGCAGGCGUCCCCUGUAAAGUCAAGCGUGUUUCUCCCCGGCAAAUCAUCUGCACCACUGAGGCUGUGGGCAGGAGCAGGAUGCUUGGUGCCCCCCAGCCAGGAAAUCGGGGGCUUCUCUUUGAAGUCUGGGAUGACGCCUCUGAUCUGACAGAAGCAGGGCCUGGAUAUAGAUGGCAGUUUGUACCUAGUGCCCAAUCCCCAGUAAGAUUUCUGUCUGCAGCAAAGCAGUCCUUCAGCUCCAGGCUUCGUGGAUUUUUUGUGGCUCCUCAGACCAACAAUUACACCUUCUGGAUCCAGGCAGAUGGUCCGGCAUCUCUAUACUUGAGUCCAUCCCAAGACCCACAGCAUAAGGUGAGAAUUGCUGCUCUCCCAGCUGGCAAUUUGGAAUGGUCUGGAAAGUGGGUGAAGAACUGGAGCGAGAGUUGGCAGCCAAAAUCCCAGAAAUUUGAGCUAACUGCUGGCCUGAGGUACUACUUGGAAGCAUUGCAUCAUGGAAAGGCACCCAGCAAUGGGAUGAGAGUUGGAGUCCAGAUACACAACACCUGGCUGAAUCCCCAGGUGGUGAACAACUACUACAUUGAGAGACAUGAAAUUCGGGCUCGUGCCUUGUAUCUUCCAGAUGUACAGAUGCUGACUGUGUCUGGCACGGGAUGGUUCAGUAUCUCCUGGAGCAAUGCACCCCGCAGAAUGAUCCACACAAAUUCCACUGCUCUUCAGGUCCAAGCAGCAAUAGAGGAACUUCUUUCAGUUGGGUGUGACAUUGAGCCAACUGCUGCUAAAAUACUCUUCCAUAAUGGCUUUGAGAAACAAGGUACAGAAAACUCUGUCACCACAGAACGUGUUGUCUAUGGAACAGAGCCCUUCUGCGGGAGGUUCAGUGCUCGCAGCCCAAGCCAGCUGGUGAAAGCUUCUCCAUCAUCUCUACAAAUAUAUGACCUUACUGAGUUUGUUUUGCACAUAAAGGCCACAUGA